AUUCUCGUAUGACCGAAGGCCGAAUCUUAGGAAGAGUCAGGGAGAGAGGUGUAUACGACUCGUCGGUAUAUAAACGUACAGAUCGUGUGGAGAGCAUCAUACAACCACGAGACGUCCGUGAGUCAACAUGAAAGCAUUCUUGGUAUUAGCAGCCGUUGCGGCUAUCGGCUCGGCCAGACCCGAGGCGGGAUACAGUUACAAUGCACCAGGAGGAGGAGGUGGCCUUGGAGGACACGGGGGUAGCAUCGGCGGAGGUUUCGGUGGUGGCCAUGGGGGCGGCUUUGGAGGUGGAUUCUCAUCCGGUGGACUCAGCUCUAGCAGCUUCGGUAUCGGAGGCGGUCUAGGAGGUGGAGUCGGAGGUGGAAUCGGUGGAGGAUUCUCCUCAGGAGGCUUCUCAUCUGGUGGAUUCUCAUCCGGAGGUGGUGGCGGAUUCUCAUCUGGAGGUGGUGGCGGAUUCGGCGGCGGCUUCGGUGGAGCCCCCAUUGUGCAGAAACACAUCUACGUCCAUGUCCCACCACCAGAACCUGAAGAACAGCGCCCACAAAUCAUCUCUGGUGGCGCCAUCCCCCAGAAACACUACAAGAUCAUCUUCAUCAAGGCCCCAGCACCUCCCGCCCCAGUCGCGCCCAUCAUCCCCGCCCAAGCUCAGAACGAAGAGAAGACCCUCGUCUACGUCUUGGUCAAGAAACCCGACGAACAGCCCGACAUCACCAUCCCAACUGCUGCCCCCACCCAACCCUCAAAACCAGAAGUUUACUUCAUCAAGUACAAGACCCAGAAGGAGAGUGGUUCCAUCGGAGGUGGUGCUAUUGGCGGUGGUAUCGGAUCUGGAAUUGGCGGUGGUAUCGGCGGUGGUGUUUCUGGUGGUAGCAUCGGAGGUGGUCUUUCCCUUGGCGGCGGUCACGGCGGCAGCAUUGGUGGCGGACACGGUGGCAGCAUCGGUGGCGGCCACGGUGGCAGCAUCGGUGGUGGCAGCAUUGGCGGUGGCAUUAUCUCUGGUGGUCACGGCUCAUCAGGAGUCAGCAGCUCAUACGGUCCCCCCGGCCAGUCCGGCCCAUACUAAACGCGCAGAGCGUGCCCCCAUGUGAUACCUGCUUCGCCGGCGACAAAUCUAGUUUAUAAGUAGAGAAAAAAUUACGGUGCCUAAAUGUAUUUAUGUAAAUAGUAAUUUUAAUUGCCUAAUUUUAGAUGUACUAUAAAUAUUUUUGCAUAAAAAUAUCGUUAAAACAAAUGAAAUCUUUUCUUUCACCUCAGUAUUGCUUAGCAAAUAUUCGUUGGAAUAUGAAAGUGUUGUUUGAGAUGACAUCUUUCACAUCCAAUGCAUUAACACAUCUGAAGAACAGGUGUAAGGUAGAAAGUGCAAUCGUAAGCGUGGGCGAUCCAUUGCACAACAUUGAGUCGUGACCCCACGCUUGCAUAACAGAAAGAAGCUUCAUCUUUCAUCAUACAUAGUAAAAUAAGUAAGAGUUAUAUUUUUAUUACGUAAAUAAAACUCUAAACCAUUCA